CCUCGGCGGAAUUUGAACUCAGAACGAACGGCAGACGAAAUACGGCUACGCAUUUCGCCGGGUGUGCUAACGAUUCUGCCAGUUACAUAACACAUCACAGCCAGAAAUGCAAGUCUUAUAUCCUGUAUAGCAAUUCUCAGACGUGGACGACCUGCUUGAAAUAGCAGCCUAAUUUCCCUCAAAGGCAGAGGUGUCGAACAUAUCUCCUUCGCAUUUCGAUGCUUACGAUAACAGACACGUCUGCUGAACUUUUCUUUUCUUCCUUUAAGCCAUGCUGCAUUAAAUUUUUUUCGUCCCUUACUUAAGAAUCGAGCUGUUAUCGAAUUUCUACGAAACUAUGGUCAACAACGAAUCCUAAAGUGUGUCCAUAUAUUCUUUUAUAUUUUUUGAUGAAAAACGUAUUUCUUGGUGAUUUCCAACCAAAACCGUUUCUGGCGAAGAACUUUCAACUUGAUCGACUCUCCCAGCCAAAAUAUAAAGGAAAAAGAAGAUACUGGCUGAAACUUGCAGGAGAAAUCUAUUUACAUCAGAAGCAUCAUCAAUAUUUAUCAUUAUUUAAAGACUAAAAAUGUUAUUCAAAACAACUAUAACAAUUUUUUAAUAAAUUUGAAGAAUUCUGGUGAAAUGUUUAUCAGCAACAUUUAGUGUAUGUCACUGUCUGGAAUGAGAACAAAAUACUUUGCAUUUUGUAUACGCUUAGAUAAAAUUUUAUAGGACUUUGUAGCUUAGAUCAUAGUUGAUGGACAUAUUGAAGAAGGAAUGCUUGUUAGAAAUGAAUUAUAGAAAGAGAAACAAGAAACACAUUCAUACAUUGUGGUGAGAGAAGGAACAUGAAUGUUAAAUCAAAAGACUGAUUUUUUUCUUUUUUUGUAUUAUGGAGAGAUGGCAAAAAAUUUAAGAAAGUCUUCAUAUGAAUGUGAUUUCUGUAAAAAGUCAUUCACUACAAAAGGUCAUCUUACUACUCAUGUACGUAUUCAUACAGGAGAGAAACCAUAUCACUGUGGCAUCUGUGGGAAAUCAUUCAAUCAGAAUGGUGAGUUAACUAUUCAUAAACGUCUUCAUACAGGAGAGAAACCAUAUCAUUGUGAUAUCUGUGGUCAAUCAUUCACUCGUAAAGAUAUUUUAACCACACACGUACGUAUUCACACAGGAGAGAAACCAUAUCAAUGUGACAUGUGCUGUAAAUCUUUUGCUAAAAGUACCAACCUGACCGAUCACAAACGCAUUCAUACUGGAGAAAAACCAUAUCACUGUGAUUUCUGUGGUAAGUCGUUCAAUCAAAGUAAUCAGCUAAUUAAACACAAACGUAUUCACACGGGAGAAAAGCCAUAUCACUGUGAUAUCUGUGACAAAUCAUUCUCUCGAAAUGACGAGUUGACUGUACACAAAUACAUUCAUACAGGAGAGAAACCGUAUCACUGUGAUUUCUGUGGCAAGUCAUUCCAUGAAAAUAGUUCCUUGACUGGACACAAACGCAUUCACACAGGAGAAAAACGAUUCCAUUGUGAUGUUUGUGGUAAAGGAUUCAUUCGAAGCAUAGAUUUAAGGGGACACAUGCACAUUCAUACAGGAGAAAAACCAUACCGUUGUGAUGUGUGUGGUAAAUCAUUCUCUCGAAAUGGUGACUUAACAACACACAAACUCAUUCAUUCUGGAGAGAAACCACAUCACUGUGAUAUCUGUGGGAAGUCUUACCGUCGGAAUAACGAGUUAACUAUUCACAAACGUACUCAUACUGGGGAGAAACCAUUCCAUUGUGCCAGCUGUGGUAAAUCAUUCUCUUACAAUUGUCGGUUAAAUAAGCACAAAUGUAUUGGUAUGGAAGAAAGACUAUAUCAUCAUAAUGUUUUUGGUGAAUCAUUCUCUUGACAUGAUAAUUUAACUAUUCACAUUUGUACUCUUACACGGGAGAAAACACGUCACAUUGUUAUUUAUAGUAUUUCACUAGUGACUGCACCCCCCCCCCACACCUUUCCCAUUUUUUUUUUGCAUUCUUAUGAACUCCCUACUCUUGCACCUUGGGCAAUCCUCUACUAUCCCGUUUGUAUUCACAUCUUACCUUGAAAGUAUGCUGUGGUACAUUGCCCCCAUCUCUUGCCCAUUCCCCCUUCACUCUCACUCCCUUUGAUUGGGGUAUCCAUGUAUCUCCUCUACAAUAAGACACUUGUUUCUGCCCCUCUGUUAUACUCUCACCUCUCAUCACCUGGCACCCUGGCACAAAGCCACCUCCCUCAGUAUCUCCACCCUCUCAAAGGAUUUUGUCUUGCAAGUUUCUUGGUGACCUCACUGGUGUGGACGCCAUGUAAAAAGCAUCCAGUCCACUCUGUAAAGUGGUCGGAGUUUGGAAGGACAUUCAGUCAUAAAAAACCCAUGCCAAAGCAGACCUUGUCAGUGCUGGUGCCACAUAAAAAGCACCCUUAGUCCACUCUGUAAAAUGGCUGGCAUAAGGGCAGACAUCCAGUCGUAGAAACCAUGCCAAAGCAGACGGUUGGAGCCUGGUGCAGUUUGCUGGCUCCUGUCAAGCCAUUCAUCUGAUGUUUGCUUGGAAAAUAAGUGUUAAAUGAUGAUUAUAAUUAUUAUGAUGAGGAUAUCUGUAAGUAUAUUUUUUCAAUGCUUUUUAAUGUACAUCCUUUCAAGUAUUCUUGGGUAUAUUCUAAACUGAUUUUCACCAACUGCUUACUUUUAACCUGUAUAAUUUAUUGACACUAUUUGAUACAAGAUAUGAUCUGAUAUUAUGAGGAAAUGAAUGAGAUAUAAGUAAUAGGAUGAUAUUGUAAAUGAAAUGGUGACGAUGGUAGCUUUGUAGUGGAGCUGUGAUAUAGUGAGUUGGUUAAUGAGAACCAAGUGAGAGGCUGUCUAAGGACAAGAUAUUUCCCAUUUUCAGAUAAUAUUAAAAUAUGAUUUCAUCAUUUUACAUGCAUUUUAAAUACAUAUUGUAGUAUAGAAACUUACAUAUGUGACUGUUAUUUGUAUCAAGAACAAGCAACAUGAUAAUACGAAACAUCUGUAAAAGUCAUUGCAAUAUUCAGAAGCGGAAUAACUGAAUUGCUGGAAACCUUAUU